ACGAUGGUGUUUGACUUUUCAAAGAUUGUUUACAAGCAGUUUGCAAAGCGAAUAGUUAGUUUGUGCUAGUCCCAGUGAUAUUGUUAAUCACGUGAAUUGUGCCAGAAUUAGUGAAAAUGUCAAUACUCUCUUUCCCCGAUGUGCUUCGAGACGAAAAGCGACGAAAUUAGACGAUCCAAUGACCCACUUGUUGCGUUUAGGUUAUGGCGUUAUAAACAAAGCUACGAUGCUUCCAAACGUACGCUUCGUCUCAUAAAAUCGUUUUUCUAAUCAAAAAGGAAUGGAGGCUCCUGGUUUAAGCCUUUUUCAAGGUUCAGAAAGCAUACAAAUAGGUACAAAUAGUAACCAGAUUCAGGAAGAAGACGAGGAGCAGGAAGAGCUCAAACGACGUAACGAAGAGAUAAAAGAUCUGUUGACGGGAGCAUUUGAUGACUUGGAAGAAGACGACGAUGCCAGUUCUAUUAACAGUAGUCACUACCACGAUACUCACUACAGUGAUAACACGAAUUCAAUAGUAAAUUCGUCAUACCAACCGAAUUCAAUUGACAAAGGGAAAACCGUUUCUCAAUUGCAAAAAGAUUUCGGUGUUUAUGCACGCACCGACGACUUAAACAGUUACAACAAUGAAGCUUCCUUUCACGAAACACCGGAUGACAUCCGGAAAAACGUGCAGGACAUUCAAAAUGAUUUUAGCUUGCGAGAUCUGACUACAACACCAUUUGGUAAAAGUAACCGGAUAAACAACACCGAUAAAAAUACAACGGACUCUCCUUACGAUUUGCCACGUCCCGUAAAUGUUGGAUUCAACCAUGAGCGAAGACUUCAGGCCAAUGACGAUUAUACCUUUCAUAAUAGUUACCCUUACAACUAUGAGACUCCCUCGAAUCACUAUGACGAGGACAACAAUUUUCCCAAUAAUGGUUACAUCGAUGGAUAUGAAAAUAUCCUCCAGUCGAAUCAGAUGCGGGAAUUUGGCGGCGGUGAUAAUGAAGUUACAUCGGAUCAUUUUAAUCAUUGCUACGAAACAAGUCCGAAUGGAAGACCCGCGGAUGAUCGCGAUGCUUACAAGACUGCCGAAUACAAUAGUAAAGAACAGCUGGAGGUUUUGUAUUCCGUCAGAAUGCGGGAAAUCCAAAAGUUGACGGAGGAAUUGCAGCAGUUGCAAUUGGAGAAGGAGGAAGAGAAAAGCCAGCUGGGUAGGCGAUUAGCUCUCGCACAAGCUGAAACCGAGAGGUCAAAUUUAUCCAGGAAUCAGGCUCAAAAUGCUCUUGUGGAUGCAAAAGCUGAAAUUGCUAGCCUCCAAGGCCAAGUUACCUCGUUGAAGGAAAGUACUGCCAUCCUAGAGAAAACGAACCAGAAACUGACGGAAGAAUUGUCAGAGGCGAGAAGUUCGCUUUUCGAAAUCCAGCAAAAGAUCUCCGUUCUUGAGAGAAUGCAGACGUUUCAAGCCAAUGAUAAGACGGAGGCCAAAUUCCUCGAGCAGGCACAAGAAAAGCAUGCGAUCGAGGUGAAAAAUAUGCAGAGUCAAAUUGAAACGCUUACGGAGAAAUUGCACUCAAAGGAAGAUGCGUAUACGUCUUUAGAAUAUAAAUUGGACGAUAUGAGAAGAGCUCACGAAGCUCUUAUGGUGGAGAAAGCAGACACAAUGAAUCGCUUAACGCAAGCAUUAGAAGAAAGUCAAGCACAGUGUCAUAAUCUUAUGUCCAAUAAUAACGGGCAGGAGUCUUUAAAGUUGCAAGCUGAACUGAAUUUAGCGAAUCGGAAAAAGGAUGAGCUGAAAAAGAUUGUUGAGGAAUUAAAGCACAAAUUGGAAGUGGCUAAAAGCGAUGCUGUGCAAUACGAUUCGUUGCUUGGUCUUACAAUGGAAGAAGAAACUGAUUCGAUCAGGCAAAUGAAACUGGGAGAGCUUCACAAUAAAUCGAAAAGUAAACCUUGCGAUGAUGUCACAAACAAAUUGAGAUGUGAAUUACAAAGGUGUAUAGCUGGUCAGGCCAUUAAAAGAAAGGAGAUAAUUCGUCUGGAAAAUAAUCUCUCGCAAAGGGAAAAGGAACUAGACAAAGCUUCGACAGUGGCCGAAACUUGUCGUCAAGAAGCUGCACGUUAUGCGAAACGAGUGAAUGAACUUGAGCUGGAACUCAAGUCUUUGCUCACAGAUCAGGCGAUGAAGGCGAACGCCGAGAUCAAACGAUUGUCGAAUCAUCUGCAGGAGUUUAGGAAACAGUACGAGUCGCUGAAAGAGGAGAAGCUUUCAGUGGACAAGAAAUUGGAAGAAGCGCUGCGAGACAAUGAAGAGAUUAUUUCGAAAAUUCGGCAAGACACUCUGGCGGAACGCGAGAAGGAAGUUGUAGACGAAUUUAACAAAGAGUACCUUGAGAUUCACGACAAAGCUGUUGAGAGAGUCAGGCAGGAGGCACAAGUCGAAAUAGUGCAAUUAUCAGUGCAAUUGGACCAAACACAAAAGGAGUUAGAUCGUGUAAAAGAAUUGUAUAUAGACGUUUGCGGUACAAAAGAACAACUCAUGGCGGAACAUAGAGAAGAAAUAGAAGCUCUUAAAGAUAAAUAUCAUAGUAUAGAGGCGCAAAAACAAGAAUUCGAAAAGACAGUGAAGGAUUUGGAAACACAAACGAAAGUUACCGAGAGAUUGACGAAGGAGUGCGAAAGCUUUAGAAACAGAGUUACCGAACUUGAAAAAGAACUGACUUGUGAAAGAAAGAAAAGGGACGAGCAUAUGAAGAAGAUACAUGUUGAGAUUGAGCGUGCGAAAGAAGAUGCUUUGAAAGAAUUAAGAAAUGCGCACCCCGAUCAUCAAAUAAGUCUUCUUAUGCCAGACUGUUCCGAGCAUUUGGAUAAAAUUAAUCAGCUCGAGGACGACUGCAAGCGUCUGGAGGAAAAAUUAUCAGCCGCAAUGGUAGAACAGAAAAGAAUGACUGACUUGCAAACGGAAUUGGACAGUUUGAGACUAAAGCUCGCUCAGUUGGAAAUUUCGCAGGAAUCCUGGAGGCAGAAGUACGAGAAAGCCGCAGCAGAUAAAAGCCACUGUCGUUCCAAAAUAUCAACGCUCGAAACCAUGUUGUCGAAUUCGAAAAAGAAUUCAACACUCGAGGACUCGAACGACAAGUCUCUAUCGAAUCAGCUACAGGCAGAGAACGAGACUUUAAAGAAAAAAUGCGAGAGUCUUGCGAGUGAAAAGAACGCCUGCCGGGAGAAGAUUUUGAAGCUAGAGGUUGAUCUUUCAGAGGCAAAGAAAGCCAUUUCGAAUCUAGAAAGCAAACUGAGAAGAAGUAGCGAUGUCUCAAGGUAUGAACUGAAGAAAGAGUUGGCUCGCUACAAGGAAAUGGUCACGCAACUGACCAGUAAAUCGAACACCUCAAAAGAAGAUAAAAGCAAUGAUUCUCUGCUGGAUCAACGUGUGAAGCAACUGGAGAGGGAUUUGGAGGCGAAGGAGCAAAAGCUGCAGAGAUUAAAAGACUUCGAGAAGGUGAAAGAAGACAGAGACCGACUUGUGUCGAAGUUGAAAAAUCAGGCCCAUCAAUUCGAGCAGUUUAUCAAGAGCCAGAGACAGGUUUCUGCAGAAUUGAAUCUCUCGCCGCGCAGUCUGAAUGACUACACUGAUCUGCAAAGAAUGAAGGAAAUUACGGCGAAGGAAGUUCGCGAGGAUAUGGAGCAGCGAGUCGCAGAAGAGCUGAGAACGAUUGAAGAGAAGCAUCGUCAGAGGCAGAGGCAGAUUGAGGAGAAGUAUAAAGGCACACUCUUGGAUCUUCAGAUGAAGUGUCGAGAGAAGGCGAAGGAGGCGGAGGCCAUGCGGGAAGUUAUGCUUACCGAGAAAGUGAAACUUCACACCUCCUUUAAAGCCCAGGAGCAAAUAGUUAUGCAGAUGAUCGAGGCGAAGUUGGAGAGGUUUCAUCAGGAACUUUUGGCGAGGAAACUGAAAAUUGAGGAGCUGCAGGAAAAGCUGAGAUGGAAAGAGAAAGAUGCGGACGAGGAGCGAAAUGUUAUGGCGCAAGUGAUGUCGGAAUGGGCGACGGAAAUUCGAGAAAUUAAAACCAAGGAGGUGGAGCUGAACGAGGAAAUGUGCAAAUCGCGGGAAACCGAGGAGAGAUUGAAUACGGAGAUUAAAGAGCUGAGGGCGAAGGAGAAAGAGAUGCAAAUCAGUUUCGAUAAUCUGAAAACCAAGUAUCACUCGGCCAAAAAAAGUGCGAGUAAUUAUAAGGAAUAUGCAGGGAAGAAAGAAAAGUACUUUCAGAGCGAGUGUAAGAGAAUGGAAGAGGGUUAUCAGAGGGCCUUGAAGGAGGUGGAGCGAAAAGUGGAGGCGGAAGUAACUCUGCGAAAGGAGCAGGUAGCGUUAAAAGUGAAACAAAUUGAGAGUCAAUAUGAAGAACAAUUAGAAAGAUUAAAACUUAAAACGAAGUACAAAUAUAAAUAAAUGUUGAAGAGUGUAUGAGUACCAAUAGCAUGCAAUAUAGCUUUCGUAGCCUAGGAUAAAUUGUAGUUAGAAGAGGCUAGUUAUGUUUUUAAUUUAAAGCACUUCAUUGUACAACACUUGAAAUAGGCGGUUCAUUUCUCAAGGGACCAGUGAGUCGAAAUCUAGAAUCUAGAGAAUCUUUCGAUUCCAUUCCAACGAGCUCUCUAAUAUAUAGAUAAUAACGAGCAAGUAUUCGAGGUAUUAUCGAAAGCGAGAUUUUAAAGUACAAGUUUCUUAAUAAUACCCAGUAGAAGUGAAGCUCGGUGUUAUUGUAUACUUAGAUCUGACACUUCUUAAGCAAAUUAUGACAUUUUCAGAUAGUAAGUUGCUGUUGAAAAAUUACAAUCUGGGUGAAAACGCUUAUAAGAAUUAAAAAAAAAAAAAAGAAACGAAAAAAAAGAAGAAGAAUUGUUAGGAAAUAUUUGACUCGGCUACUUUAGCUAUAAAUUUGUGUAUAUAUAAUUUAAAUUGUAAAUGAAAUCAAAAGAGAAUUUUAGGAAUGUAGUCAUCUUAGUAAAGUACAGAAAAUUUUUGUAUAGUGUAAAUUUUCAACUCGCAACGUACUGAGUAUUUACAUCCACUGUUAUUAUUAACUUUAACACAUGUGUAGAUUAUUUAUGAGUACAUAUCUGACACACUCGAAGAUCUCCAUCUUGUAUUUUGCAUUAUUAUUAGUGUAAUUUAUGAGUAUUAAGUACAACGAGAAAAUUACGAAUUUGAAACUCUUUCCUACCAAGGUUUUAACGAUUGACAGUUGAGAACAAAAUUCAAGUCAUUACCAAUACUCAAAAUUUUAUUAUAUAAAGAAUAGAAACUCGUAUUGUAUAAAUCCUAACAUAGUAAUUUAGAAUUUUAAGAGAAACCCAGUGUUCAAAAAGUUGAAAGGAGUCUUAAAUAGUACAAUAGAGCAGUCAUAAUAGAAGUUUUUUGCUGCAGUACAGUAUUGACUUACGAUAAUCAUCAGGGUGGCCACUAUUUCUCAAAUUUUCGUCUCCCGGAAAAUAUUCGUAAUUUCUCCCAGUUUAGAAAAAAAUAUACUCUAAAUUA